UGUAAAUCCCUUUUUAUGAUUCUGGGGUUGUUUUUGUUUGUUGAUCAAAGGGGCUUGAAAGAGUCAAAUGUGGAUAGCUUUGUUGAUGAUGUCCUUGUGAAUGAUAGACCAUGGGCUUCGGGAGUGCAAGAGUCAUUGACUAGCCCCCAUGUAUUUGCCCUUAUAUUUGUAUACACACAUAUGAGUCAAGAGGAAUGGAAUCGUGAUAGUGCACGUGUUCGCAUUGAUAAGUUGAAAGAGGAGUUUGAGAUGCGAGGAUUGACGAAUCAGGUAUUUGUUACUGCUUGCUUUCACCUUGAAGGCCACAACUAUGCUGGAAUAUUCACGACCUACGACCCAGAUGGAAGCAUGACAUACCAUUGGUAUCCAUUUGUCAGUCCUGGUUAUGUGCCGGAAUUGCUUGAUGAACAUAUUGGGAAGGGAGAGAUUAUAGAACGACAUUGGAGGGGCCAAAUGGGAGCAUCUUCUGAUGAAGUUGAAGAAAUUAAUGACCUGGAACUUCCAAAUGGAGAAGAAAAAAUAAGAAAAUCGAGGAUAAGCCACAAGAAAAUGGCAAUCAGAUUCACCAAGAAAAGGGGUGCUAAUAGUGAUGGAUUUACAUACUGCAAAGAAGUAAGUUUGGAGGAGGAUGGUGGAAGUGAGGAUAAAAAGCCGAAAGAAACCACAAAGUCGUGUGCCAGGAAGGAUGCCUUACGGAAGCUGUCAAGCUUGAUUGGGAACUGGGAGCAAAGUGACGUUCUCGCAGCUGCUGCCGUGGUUGGAGCAGUGGCAACAGUGGUUGUGGCCUAUAGCUUUUACAGAAGGUCAGGUUGA